AUGACACGUGGAAGACAUCAACAUCUUGCACGGCCAUCGAAAGUGGCUAAAGUAAAUCGUCUUCGCUUCUUUGGUCAUAUAUUAAGGAGACCGGCAGAUCGCCUUGUUCAACGAGUUCUGAGGAGUUUGCCGGGUUCGAGCUGGAAGAAGCCACCUGGCCGAAAACGGAAGUUCUGGACUGAGGUGGUGAAAGAGGACCUGAGGACGCUCGGCGUGGACAGGCACUUCAGGCGAGACGUAAGGUUUCGCAGAAUAUGGAAUAACGACGAAUGGAUUGAUUCUGUGCAAGCUCUCGCAGAAGAUCGAGAAGGUUAG